AUGCAAGACAAUAGAAACGUGCGUUUGCCUGAUGAUCCGCGUAGCGACCGGCGCUUUGGGUUUUCCGGGACUCAAAGUGUGAAAUUGGCUACCGGCCGGGGGAAUGUAGGCAACCAGGCAUCCCCCGGAAAGCAAGACUGGAAGACAACAAUUCCAAUUGCGCAAGAACACCCACACGAUUCCAGUAGUUACGCUGGAGUGGCCAUUGCAAUUUCCAAACAAUGGACUAAGGCAGUUCUAGGUUAUAACCCUGUCAGCGACAGAAUUAUAACAAUGGAGCUCGGUGCAUCUCCCACCCCAUUGAAUAUUAUACAGGUAUAUGCACCCACCAGUGCGGCGAAAGAUGAAGAUGUAGAAAGUUUCUACAAUGACAUUGAAUCUUCAAUAGCAAAAAUACCAAAUAGUAGCAAGUAUGGUCUCGGCGAAAGAAAUGCUAGAGGGGAGAGAUUACUCCAAUUCGCAGCUGACAACAACCUCACCAUCAUAAAUACAGUAUUCCAGCAACACCACAGACGGCUGUAUACCUGGACGACCCCUGAUGGAAAACAUCGGAAUCAGAUUGACUAUAUACUUAUAAGAUCUAGAUGGCGAAGCUCAAUUAUGAACGCACACACACUUCCUGGAGCUGACUGUCAGUCUGACCAUCAACUUCUCGUAUGCAACCUCAAACUUAAGUUACGUAGCUCCAUACCUCGCAAAACUAGCAAGAAGCUAGAAAUAGUGGACCAAACUGCUUUUAUUAACAAACUAUUAGUUGAUAGUACAUAUAAUGGAAUCCAAUACAUGGAAAUCCAAAGCACUAGGUGA